AAUCCACAUUUGAUACAAUAUAGACACGUAUACAGAAUAUGAAGGUAAAGCUGAAUUUGGUAAACUUCAGUUGAACUGAGACGAUUCUGUUCAAGCUCCCCUAAUUCUGUCAAUGGCGAAAAAUUUGAACUAUCUUCUUCCACCAGUUCGUCAGAGUGAUCAUCAUUCUCCCCCAGAAAAAGGAAAAGCAAAAGAGAAAACUCUUCCAAUCAUCCUAACGUCCAAAAAGAAGGAAAAGCAACGGACAACAACUCAUCCAUGCUUGCUCUGCUACUAGGCUUUGCGCUCUCUUACAUAGUUCAACUUCUUUUUAAUUGCAUCUAUGUGAUCGUGAGUGCGAUUAACUGUGUGUCUACUCUUGUUAAAUGUGUAGCCUAUGUUUUGAUUGUCUGUGGUCGUAGUUGUAGUUGUAGUUGUGUGAUGGCCCUGAAUUCCUGAUCCUGAAUGUGAAUGAUAAAAUUCAAAUCAAUUGCAAAAACGCACGAUAACUGCUUGAGUUUCUGGGUUCAGUAAGUUGAUUGUGCUGAAUUCUGUGUUUUGGGAGUGGAAUUGGGGUCCGGCAGCGGGAACCGUUUCAUUGUACCAGAAAUUCCGCAUUUGGAUCGUAAUUGGUUCAAUUUCGUUUGGGCUGAAGAACUCAUUAAGAAAACUUUGUUUAGUCGUUUCAUUUUAAGAAUUCGGGGUUGCUUAGGGUUCUAGGUCAUGUUGUACUAUCACAUUUUGAUAUUAAGUGUGAAAAGUAUUCACCAUUAGCAUAGUGUCUGGAUUUCUUCGGGCAAUUAAAUAUGCUGUUCAUAUUCUUGUUGACUCGUUUUCAUUUGGGCUGAAGAACUCAUCAAGAAAACUUUGUUUAGUCGUUUCAUUUUAAGAAUUCAGGGUUGCUUAGGGGCUAGGUCAUGCUGUGCUAUCACAUUUUCAUAUUAAGUAUGAAAGGUAUUAGUUUCAAAAAAAAGUAUGAAAAGUAUUCACCAUUAGUAUAGAGUCUGGAUUUCUUCUGGCAAUUAUAUAUGCUGUUCAUAGUCUUGUUGACUUGUUAAAAAAUGCUCGUGCAUUCCAGAGCCAGGUAGCAUGUUGCUUUCUCUGGGAAUGAUAAGCAUGGCCUAGCUGAUGUAGAUAAUGUUUUGACUUGCAAGUUAUAUGGUGUUUAUGUGGUUACUUGUUUAAUUGAGCUAUAAGUCUCCAUCAGUUUUUAUAUUUUCUGAAUUUGCCUCGCCUAAAUCAAGACUUUGAAAAAGAGACACUUGUAUAAGCAAAUUCGAGAGUUUAUCUGGGCUGCCAAUAACUACUAGAACUUCCAGAUCUAAAAUAUCUUAUCCAUGCUGGCCGUGCAAUUCUGCCUAUUGCUAUGUUUUUAUUUCUCGAGAUUGUUUAAAAUACCAAAUGGACUAGAAUUUAGGGAGUUUCUAGCAAUAGCUUUCAGUAUUCAUUGGAGCAAGCUUGAGUAGAAAGUUGAAUGUAAAGCCUAUGAGAGAUGCUGUUUCUAUCAAUUUUGUGCCAUCACUUCCAUUUUUUCCCCAUCUGCUGAUGCUGUAUGGAAAUUCCUUUGUGCAGUUGGCAUCAUGGUUUAUGGCUUUGACAAUUGUCGGAAGGUUACUAUCAAUGAAGUGCUGGACAUACUGUUGGACUUGGCGGGUUGGUAUAUACUUGGCUAGCAGAGUGAGGUAGAUCUUUUCCUGUCUGUUUCCAUCUUAUGUAGUUUAAUGCUUAACUAGAUGUCUUCAUUUUAUACUUGGAUUCUAGAACCUUGGCUUACUUUUCUUUAUCCUAAUAUUUUUUCGCUCUUUUGGUAGAAAUUGUACUGAAAUGGGAAAGUCUUGUGUGGAAGAAUUGCCCUAAGAUUUUUCUUUCUUCUUAUUAUAGGCUAGUGGAUUACUGAAAUGACUAGCAAGAAGACACUUACGCGUGUUUGAUUUUUGGUUAAUUAUAGUUUAUGGCCUGACCUUUAGCCCUAGUUGCAAAAAUAACUCGAUCUCUGAAAUACUGCAAAAAUAGCCCGAUCUUUGGGUCCGAGUUUCAAAUAUAGCCCAGGACUAUAUUUCCGGGCUGACAAUUCAGUCAUGGAAAGUUCGAAUUCGGUGUUGAUACUCUGAUUUAUUUUGUUACUUUUGUAAACUACUUGGAAAUUAUUUUCCAAUUGAGUAUCAAAACGGCGUCGUUUUGAUGCCCAAAAAAUAUCAAAACGACAUCGAUUGAAAAAUAUAUUUCUGCAUAAUUUACAAAAUAAAUCAGAAUAUCCACGUCGGAUUUGGUCCGGGCCUUCCACGUCAUUAUUUUGAGUCCAAAAAUUAAGGCUCGGCUGCUCGGGCGGUAUUUGCAACUCGCGCCCAAAGGUUAGACUAGUUUUGCAACUCGCCACAAAGAUUUGCCAUAAACUAUAAUUAAAUUUAGAUCAUUAAAAUAUGUGUUUAAAAUGAAUUUAUAAAAAUGAUGCAGUUAUUACUAAAAUAUGUGUACGACUAGGUAGGGGUGAGUAUUUGGAUUUUAGAUCAAUUUUUUUGCUAAUCCGAUUCGAAAAUCCGAAAUUUUCUUAAAAUUCAAUCUGAUCAGAAUCAUAUUAUCCAAAUAAUUUUUUUAUUAAAACUUGUGCCAUGGUCAACUAUGUAUAUUUAUGGGGGAUGGAGGGAGUAUCUAACUUAUAUAAAAAUAAAUUUAUUUUUCCAAACAUGAUAACUUAUUAUUCAUAAUCUCUCAUUUCCAAUUUAGAAAAUUCUUGAAAGGUAAGAUUUCCAUAUAUGAGUAUAAUUUACGUUUCUGCAUUUAUUGAAAAUCAAAUUACAAAAAAUAGUUUACGUUAUUAUCUUAAAUAUCAAAAUUGGUAGAAUGUCACAAGGGGUAAUUAGUGAUUUGAAUUCUUUAAGUUUAGAAUGACAUAUAUGGUACUAUAGAGUUUUUUAAUUUUUUAGGGGAGAAAGAAUAAACUAAUAGUUUAUCCAAAAAAUAUUACUUAUAACUGGAAGUAUAAUAAGACUUUUAACGUGCACAAUACUUAAAUCAUGGUUUUAACAAAUACAUACGGCAGGGUAAAGUAACACUUAUAUUUUUAGUUUAUUAUUGCCCAAAGCUACAUAUGGAAGCGGCAAAUGUAGUUGAUAUUAAGGUUGUGGAAGAGGCACCAUUUUGUAUUCAACAAAAGGCAAAGAAAAGAAGAGAUGUAGAAAAUUAAAGGAAAAGAUGGCAUUGUCUUGAAAUAACUAAAUAUACAUUAUGAUUAAUUGUUCUUAUGUUUUUAUGAUAGUUUGUAACAGUAAAUGUUGUUUUCCAACAGUAUGCAACAUUUAUUUGAAAUGCAUUGGACACUUUAGUUUACUUCAAUUCAGAAAUAUUUAAAUGUGCCCUUAUAAUUUAUGUUGGAUCAAGUUUUGCAAGUGAACAGACAAUCUGGAUACUCUAUUGAACAUUUCAUCUUAUAGCAAUUAAUCUAUCAAUAUAUGUGUGAUUACAUUUUAGUAUUUUACAACAAUAAAGAUCAACAUCAUAUAGAAACAAGUACGCAAAACUAUGUUAGUAGUUACAAGGUUGUCUUUGUAAUUUUUUUCCUAUCCAUUCUGUUAUUUGAUUUUCCGCAAAGGUCUCAACCAUCACAUAUUUUUAUUUAGAGUUAUCACCUCAAAUAGAAAUUAGUGGUUGUAAUCACAAUGCAAUAUUAAAAUCUCUUCUCAAAGGGAGGAAAAGUGUUGUUAAAAACUAGUGAAGGAAAAAGAAUCUGGUUUAGAAUACGUUAAUGCUGAUUUUGGCAGAAUGGAGUUAAGCUUAUGAAAUAUAUCUCUUAUGUCACUUUCAAUUUUCAAGAGCAUAAUUCCCCCUGCCAAAAUCUGCUGCAUGCCUUUGACAUUGGAGAUAAAAGAAAUUCCUCUUUAUAACAAAAAAAAAGGCAUGUUUCAGUGGCUGGUUUUGGUAAAGAUCUGAUUAAAUCUAAGCCCAAUUUCUAUCUGUGAAAGGCAAUUCAAGAGUCUCGUUACAAAAGAGUGCUCAUCAUUUUAUCUUUUUCUUUAAAUUUGAAUUUCAUAUUCAGUUUGGGGAAUCUGAUCUUAAGCCUUCCCUCAAGAUUUUCAACUGACAUACCUGAAAAUCUGGUUGCCGUUUCCAUCUUCAUGCAUUCCCCUUUUUGACAGGGAUCAUUUUCUUGAUUUUGGGUUUUUUUCUUCUUCUCAUCUUUGACUUUGGGAAUUGUCUUUUAGUUUUAUUUGUUGGUUCAAGAAAAUAUUUGUUCUUGAACCGCGAGCCUUUCGAUUGCUUUUGAUUCUUCUUCCAGGAGAUCGGUUUUUUUUCCCCCCUCAAUUUCAACUUUGCGCUUGGGCUACCCAUUUUUGGAAUGAUUCUGACCUUUUCCCCCGAAAAUUAGAUACAAAUCUAGUUGUUUAUACACCUGGAUGCAAUAUGAUGGCUAACAGCUGCACGGUGAUGUCCCAAUCAGAGAUUACUUCUCUAAAGGACGCACUUUGUGCUCAGCAAAAGCUUCUGCAGAAACUUUACAAUGAGUUGGAAGCAGAAAGAGAAGCUUCCGCCACUGCAGCUAGCGAAGCUUUAUCUGUGAUAUUGCGUCUACAAGGAGAGAAGGCCGCCGUCAAGAUGGAGGCGGAGCAGUACAAGAGAUUGGCGGAGGAGCGGAUGUGUCACGCGGAAGAAUCCUUUGCCCUAAUUGAAGAUAUGAUCACUGAGAAAGAAAUGGAGGUGGCCGAGUUAGAUUAUCAAGUCCAAACCUACAAGUACCAGUUGAUGAGCAUGGGUUUUGAUGUUCCUUCCAGCGACGAUAUCGCCAUUCCUGAAAACCUUUUCCAUAGAAACGAGUGUCUAGCCGGGGAGACGAGCCUUCACUCCAAGUGUAAGAAGGCUCUGUUUGAAUUGGAAAGCUCCACCAGCGCAGAUCUAGAUUUCAGUUCCAAGCCUGUCGAGGAGGAGCAGUUGGGCCACGAGACAAACGAGUUCGCCUCGUUUGUGUCGGACUCAGAGAAGCUCAAGUUUGAUACCUCGGCUCAUGAUCAAGGCAUGUCUUCUUAUGCUGAGCAGAUUAAGGAUUUAGAGGUGCGGAUAAAAGAGAUGACCGGAGCUGAUGUCACCGGCUUCAUGAGUGAAGCCCCGACUCCAGCCAUUUCUAAACGCUCAAGUGCAGCAAAUUUACCUUCUCUGCCCAACUUGGCUACCUUACUGAACGAGACAAGGAUACCAUCACAGCUAAGCACUGGCACUUCAUACGAGCCAAAUAAAUUAGGCGUUGUGGAUGAUAUUGGCCAGAUUAAGCAUCCAGGAAAUCCAUCAGAAACCACUAAAGCUGUUCAUUCCCCUCGUCCUCCAACAAUCCAUGAUGUUUUUGAGGUUCCGCAGGUUGAGCAGGAACCCACGUCUUGUGAAUCAUCAAGCGAAGACAGACAAAAGGAAGCUUCUGAAGACAAUGAGCUCCUUGAAAUCCAAGUUGAAGCUCACCCAGAAUCUGUUAAACAGAUAACUAAAGAUGAACCGGACUGGAUGAAGAAGCUCGUGCAGUCGACUGACGAUGAGGUUCGGCAGGUUGAUCAGGAGUCCACAGGCAAAGACGGACAAGAGGAAGUUUGUGAAGCUAGUGAGAUCCUUGAAAGCCAAGAUGUAACUCACCCUGAAUCUGUUAAAAAGCUAGCGAAAAACGAACCUGACUGGCUGAAGAAGCUCUUGGAGUCGGCUCACCAUGAGAAAAAUUUAUGUAAACCAAGUGAUGUUGCUGCUAUCGAUCGUGGAAUUGUGCAACCUACAACAAGUGUUGCUGUUGCUUUUGUAUCUGAAUCCAAUUUAGAUAAACCUGAGAUGAGUCAAGAGAUCAUUGAAGGUGAGAGGCCGGCACAAGCACAAUCUUCUGAGAGAGAUGAAGAGCUGAAACUGUUGAAAAAGAUCUGGGAGAAAUUAAAUUUGCUACAGAAUGAGAUUGUGCUUCAGAAAGUGAAGAAAUCUAUUGCAGAAGACGAACCGUCCUUGCAACCUUUAGCUGAGAUGAUGGUCUCCUUUUGGCUUUGAUGAAGCAGUAAGUAAACCCAGAAAUCUGACUUUCACAUUCAGACAUCUCUAUGGCAUCAUCUGAGAAUGUCGCCUCUCUCUCUCUCGUACAGAAUGUGUAUAUUCUGCCUCACCGACACCUGAUUCGUGUAAAAGAAUCUCACUUAUGACGAGAGUAUUAUCAGCUGCAUGCAUGCUGUUCACUUGUACAGAUUCAGUAGUCUCAAUUUUUUUCUACUUACAGAAGAGAGUUUUUUUUCUUUUUCACACUUUCUGAUGUAUAAACCAGUAUUUGGAAAGCCUAUUCAUCGUCGUGAGCCACGAUAUUCCGGUUGGCGUCGUACGAUGUAACUGUGUAAUAGCCUUUACACAAGAUGCUUGUUUUAUGCUAAUAGUUUUCCAGUUUACGAA